UAUCCCUCAUCCCCCUCCCUCAUCCCUCUCCCUCACUCAUCACCCCACCCCACCCACACCAGCCAUGUUCCUGAUGACAAAUUCUGUCGUUUCUCCAAAGGGAGAGAUAUACGUGGCCUGCCAGUCGAUGCUGAUUGUUCUCGUUGGAGCCCAGCCUGAGUACAGUGUAAACACACAGGAAGUAAUCAGCACACAUGAAGAGCUCAUCAAACAUGUCAUAUUUGAGGAAGAUAUCACCUCCAUUGCAACUGAGUGGUACUUAAUCAGGCAGGAAGCAUACAAAGUGAACUUGGCUGGAUCUUUGUUCUUCGUUGGACUACUCAUCGGUAACAUUUUGUUUGGGCCCUUGUCUGACCGGUUUGGCAGGAAACCAAUCUUUCUCACAGGCUUGUUCCUUGAUGUGGUCUUUGGAUUUAUUACAGCAGUUGCUCCAAACUAUGAAGUUUUCGCAGUUACACGACUUCUUGUUGGGCUUGUGAAUGGUGGAAUGUCACUAGUGGCUUUUGUACUGACACAGGAAUUUGUGGGAAAAUCCUAUUGGGCUUUGACAGGAUCGCUCACCAAUUUAGUGUUUGCAAUUGGAAUUGCUGCUUUCUCCGUUAUUGGCUAUUAUAUCAGGGAUUGGCGUACCCUUGCUGCUGUAGCCAAUUGUCCCGGAGUGCUGUUUUUCCUUCUUUUCAUCCCAAUUCCAGAAUCACCGAGGUGGUUAUAUUCACAAGGAAAGACUGAGGAAGCAGGGGAAGUGCUACAAUAUAUUGCACAAAGGAAUGGGAAUGGGAAAAUCUUUGUGCAACUAAAACCCUGUGCCGGGACAUUGAAAACUGGUCAGUCAGCGCACGGAGUGAUGGAUCUGGUGAGGUAUCCUGCCUUGCGCUGGAGAACUGCCAUUCUGAUGUAUGUGUGGUAUGUUUGUAGCCUUGUUUAUUAUGGCUUAACUUUGAAUGCGGGGGAUUUGAAAGGCAAUCGCUACCUGAACAUUGCUUUGUACGGCCUUGUGGAAGUGCCAGCGUUCCCCCUAUGCCUCUAUUUCAUUGAUAAAUCCUGGUCAGGAAGACGCAAAACAAUGGCAGCAUUCCUGUUAUUUGCAGGGGUUGCCUGCAUAAGCACCAUGUUCUUGCCUAGGCAUUUAGCAGGCCUUGACAUGGGAUUCUUGCUGAAUGUCACUUCAUUAGCACUGUGUGGAAAGUUAGCUGUCAGUGCUGCCUUUAAUAUUGUCUAUGUCUUUACUGCAGAGCUUUACCCAACUGUGAUCAGGAAUGCUGGAUUGGGAAUCUGCUCAAUGUCAUGUAGAGUUGGUGGGAUUCUGGCACCAUUUGUUCCAUCGCUGAAGUCGUUGAAUCCAUCAAUGCCGUUCAUAGUGUUUGGGAUUGCUGGGAUGUCAGGAGGUUUCCUGGGUCUCCUGCUUCCAGAAACAUUAAAUAAACCAAUUGCAGAGUCCAUAGAGGAUCUUCACACUCCAGCCUACCAGAAGCUUGAAGACAAAAGGAAAAAAGGGGUUGAAUCACAGGACAUCACUCAGUCACGAAGAUCAGAGGCUUAGCAAAACAGCACUCGUACUGGAAGGAUAAUCCACUUGGUGUAAGAAAAGUGCUCUCAGAUGAGGACUGAGAGUUUCAAGGAGAAAUUUUACAAGAUUCUGGAAGAGGUUAUAUAAACUGUUCAGAGACUUUGAACUGGUACAUUUUAAAUGAGCUGGAUCAUCAAGAUGACAGCAUGCCAAGUGGUCAAGGAAAGACGUAUUUAAGCUGAAGAAAUACCUCAGUUAUUCACUUCCCAACAUUAAUUCUCAGGAACUGAGAAUUGCUAUUGUUUACAUUUCUACUUCUGCAGUUUUGCAAGUAUUUGUUUCAAGUACAAAAUUGCUGCAUUAUCUGAGGAAUAUGAUCACUUACAAAAGAUUUUGGUAUUAGAAUUUAUUCACAAGCCUUCAUUUGCAUAAGACUUUUGAAGUUAAAUUAUGAGCCUUAACAUGAAAUGUAACUUUGAAGCUAGGGAAGCUUUAAGCUCCAAUUUCUUUUUAAUGUAACUUACAUUAUAAUGUAGAGCGCUGAGUGAUUUAUAUGUAUUGGACAUACGUACGUACAUCCAUACAUACAUACAUCUCUGUAAAGAUUUUCUAUUUUGACACCUGUCACUUCUAAAAGGACCACUUUUUAAAAAUCUACAUUUUUCCAUUUAUUCUGAAAUACUACAGUUUUGCGCUUCUGUAUUAAGGAGCCCUACAGUGCUACAGCUUUGUAGUUCAUAGAAAAAUGUCUCUCGUUAGAAUAACUUAAUUUUGUAGGUGCAAUAUCUGUGUUGGCAUUUUAUCACUCCCUUACUGUUGGAAUCUCAAAAGUUGUCCCUUCAAACGGACUGGAUUGUGACGUCAAAUUCUGAUGCCUUUUUGUUCCAGGAUUCACAAGAAAACUAAAAGAUAAAUCUUUAAACA